UUAUAAAAGACGUUAUUCUGCGCACUGAGUUCAAAAUUCAAACCAAGAGAGCCAAAUCGCCUUUCUUCUUCUUCUUCAGGUCAAUCUCGAUUCCUCCAUUUUUUUCUGAGGAGGUUUCUCUCUUUCUUCUUCAAGGUUCAGAACCCAAAGCCUCCUGUCGUUCUGAUUCUCUCUCCGGCUCCGAUUCUAGGGUUUCUUUUCCGGCGAAUGCUGUUCCUCCUUAUCCGAUGCAAUCCAAUUCCAUUUCUCAUUGCCAAGAAUGCGGCAUCACUCAAUCCGAGUGUUGGAUCCUCCACAAUGUCCGUGUCAAAGCGUCCUUCCGUCGUCUCUGUACCAAUUGCAUCCUCAGGAACAAUAUCUCCCGUUUCUGUCCCGUGUGCUUCGAUGUUUAUGACGAUUCGACUGCGCCGCCGUCUCAUCAGCGAGUUAUGUGCUUCAGAUGUCCUUCGAUCUCUCAUCUCUCUUGCAUUUCUUUUCGUUUUUCUUCUACCUUCCUUUGCCCUCUCUGCUCUGAUCCUUCUUUUACCUUCUUCGACUGUUUCGGCUCCGGCGGCCUUGGCCUUUGCCAAUCGGAGUACGCCGUCGCUACUUUGGCCGGGAGAGACAUUAGUGGUAAAUCGGCUAAGGCGGUUGUCGCAGCGGCUCGUGUCGCCGCUCAAUCCAUGCGGCGAGCGGCAGCUGACGCUAGGGCUGUAGCGGAGAUGAAGAUCAAGAAUGCUGCGUUUGCUAAGAAACAGGCUACUCUCGCAUUGGAGCGGCUUGCUUAUCUUGAGCUAGAGGAGAAAGAUGGAAAUGAAUAUGGUAAUAGUAAUGGAGAUGCUGUGGCCGGUGAGAUGACGGUGGAAGAACACAAGCUGCAGGAAUGGAUAUCUUCGAUUCUCGAGCCUAAGACGCGGAAUCAAACUCAGUAGCAGCAGGCUAAAUCGAUGGGGAAACCAACUGUAGAGAAUAAUUCAGUAGAAUGCAGAAUCGCUAUAUAGUAAAACCAUCCAUGGAAGCCUCUGAAUCAAUGUAGUGAUGGUUUUUCCAGAUUCAUGGAUAUGGCAGGAAAGAUCAGUAUGAAAGGAUUUCCAUGUACAUUCCAACAUUGUUUGCUGAAAUGAUAUUGAGAAUGAGGCGCCCUUUUCUGCUUC